GUCAUUGUCAAGUAGUUGGGAAAGGUAGACUUCCCUUUCCUUUCUUCUUGAACAUUUAAAGCAGAAGGUUGUUGUUGGAUGGUUAUCCAAAAAUAUUGUUAUAGUAUUCGUUUUUCGAGUAUAUCAGUGAAAUAUUUUGAUUAGAUAUAAUUUUAGGAAGCAUUUAUUCCUAAAAUUAUCACCUGUUUGAUUUUGUAGUAUCUAGUGUCUUUAUAUAAUACAGGUAUGGUCAGAGGAAGGGGUUAUUCUUCAAGAGGUUACCGGGGUUCCAGGGGAAACCCUUCUUGGAACGGAAGCUCUAGCCGUGGAGAAUAUUCAAGCAAGUACAACUCCUUUGAUUCUAGAAGUCCCUAUGAUUCAAAACCGAAAUAUUCCAGUUCCGAACGAUUUUCAAGGAACGAUGAUUAUCGUCCUUAUCGAUCGGAAUACAGUAGCAUGGACCGUGAUAGAAGAUCCCCAGAUCGCAAGAGAAUUAGAAUAGAUGCUCCUAGCUCCAGACAUGAUAGUUACUAUGGUUCAAGCAGCAGACGUGACCCUCCGUCAUACUCUGAUAGAAGGGCUCUAUCAGUUGAACGACAUUCUUCAUCUUUGUUUCCGAGAAGAGAUGAGGUGCAUAGAUCAUCACCCCCGAAGAGGGGGUCUUACCGCGGAAGAUUGAGUUCUAGAGGUUCGAGGGGUUUAAGAGGUAGAGAUCGUGCAAUGAAGAGACGUCUUCUUGAAAGUUCAUAUACUAUACGCAGGAGAAUACCACGCAUUUCAGACUACUCUAGGAAGCUUAAGAUAGCUAGAAUUCGGAGUUCAAUAAAUGCCAGGAGAGGUGCCAUUCGGGGAACUAAGAUUAAAGAAGAAUCUGGAAAUGAAAAUAAUGAAGAAACAGAAAAAGCCGAAGAUAGCGAAAAUAAGGUCAAAGAUGAAAAAGAAGCCGAGGGAGACGAGAAGAAGAAGCGUAGCUCUAAAGCUUUCAUAAAAUUGCAGUGUCCUCACUGCCACAUGAAAGCUUUGACUUUCCGAAGAUACGAGGCUCAUUUACUGACCAGAACUCACAUUAUUGCCAUGAAAAAGAUUGCAUAUAAACAAAAGGCCAUUUUGGCACAAAUGCGGUUAGCUCAAAGGAACACCCAAAACGAAUUGGAAAAGAACAACACUGAAGAACUUGCAGUAAAGACUAGUUAUUGUCCUCUUUGCAAGCUCAAUUACAAACAGAAAAAGUCUGUCCACCAAGAAACUGACGCUCAUAAGAAUAUGAAAAAGUUUUUGAUGCCAUUCUGUAAAGUUUGCAACAUUGCUUUUAAAAGUCCCAUGGUUUAUGAGGCUCAUUGUUGCUCUGUCGAUCACAUUAAACGUAAACAACGAAUGGAAGAUAGUGAUGUCACUGGGGAAGAGGACAAUCUUGAAAAUUUCACCACAAUUGAUUCUGUUGGAGAUCUUGAAGGAGAAGCUUCUGGUAAUGAAGAAAAGAAAGAUGACGAUGCUCAACCAGCCAAUGUUGGUAUUGAAAAGAUCCACAAAAUUGAAGCAUAUUAUUGCGAACUGUGUAAAAUGUAUCUUCAAAGAGGUGAAGAAUCUGAUACGCCUAAAAUUUUAUCUCGACAUUGCAAACAACGUGUACAUAUGAGUCGGUAUAUGCGCGAGGAGAAACGUAUCAAAGAAGAACCUAAAGAAGAAACUGCACUUGAGGAUUCAAAGAAAGAAGAUGACGAAUCCAAGGAUGAUAAACUUUGGGCAGAUGUUGAUAAAGAUUUAGGUGAUAUUUUGGCAGAGGCAGAGACUGGAAAUAAAAGUUCAGAUGAAGACGAAGAUUCUCAUGUUAAUGGUGAACGAUAUGAUAGGUUCAAACUAAGCGAGAAAACUGAGGAAGAAAAAAUAAUGGGUGUUGAUGAGGAAGGAAUAUUGGAUAAGUUGGUUAUAAAUGAUACAGCUAAUAAAAAAUAAAUUAUUUAAUUACAGUAUUUAGUCUUAGUGAAAAUUAUAGUUACAAUGUGAAUCUUAAAUAAGUGUAACUUCGAGAAUAAUGUUCAAUCUGUUUAUUCAGGUAUUUUUUUUCACUGCUCCAUAAUUUUCGUUUGUUAAAUUAUUAUAAAUAUUUCAUUUUGAUAAUUAGUGUGUUGUGACAUUUGUAAUACAGUAAAUAAUAAAUAGACGUUGUAAAAGUA